AUGAAAGUGUUUCAAGUGGCGUGUCAUAUCCUUCUAUUAUUGGCAUGUCUUUGUAUGUUGGUGACCACCGUUCACACACAAACACCACCGAACGUCAAGUAUUCAGUUUCGACUUUCGCAGGAGGAAACUCACAACUUUUUCAACAGAGAUUUGGAGAUGGAUUCGAGAGUAGCAUGUCAUGCCUAAGUUACAUCAAGGAUAUCAUACCAACAAAAGAUGGAUCCAUGUAUAUUGCUGAUGCAUCCAUGGCUGCUAUUAGAAAGAUAGAUAACAACGGAAUUAUUAGUCUUGUAGCUGGUAAUUAUAGAAAAACUAUCCCUGGGGACGGUUCUGCACUUUCUGUCAGUGUAAUAUCUCCAUUCUCGAUGGUGCUCACACAAGACGAAACAAUCAUGUAUAUAGCACAAGGUAAUGGAUGUAUUCGAAAGUUGGAUAUCAAGAAUGGAAACAUUUCAACACUUGUGGGAGUAUGUGGAACAGCAAAUUUUUCUGGUGAUGGUACAUCUGAUUUGAACAGCAUUAGAUUAAACAAUCCUUUAGGAGUGGAACUUUCUCCAGACGAAACUAUUCUAUUCAUUGCUGAUUAUGGUAAUAACCGUGUAAGACAAUUUAACAUAUCAAGUGGAUUCAUUGAAACUAUUUACGGAGGAAGUGGAUAUCAAGCUCAAGAUGUGCUUGUUAAUGGUGAUUUACUCUAUAUUUCUGAAGGACAAAAUGGAAAGGUCAGUUUAAUGAAUUGGAGAAACAGAACUAUUCUAUCUCCAAUCAUCUCAUCACCAUUUUUCUUUGACAAAAUGUUCAAACAAGACAAUAAUCUAUAUGUGAAUGCAUUGACUAGUAUCUUCAAAUAUGAUUUAUCUGGUGGUUCCACAAGCCAAACUCUACUUCCAGUCAUCAAAGCUAGUUCUGCAUUUUUUGAUUUGAAUGGAAAAUUAAUAGUUGCUGAAGAACAAAAGUACAUAUACAAGUUUGAUUUGACUAACGGUACCAAAACAACUAUCGCAGGUAAUUGCAAAUCCAAAAUAUUUAUUGGAUAUUCAAGUGACAAUCAAACAAGUGUCAAAUCUACAACUAUGUAUGUUGGUACUUCAUUGAUAGCUGCUAGUAGAACCAAACCAGGAGUAUUAUAUGGAUUGGAUUUUGAGAGAUAUUUCCUACACAAAUUUGAAAGUGGUUACUCUUCAAUUAUUGGAGGAGAUGGAAGAAGUGAUGAUUUUGCAGCCUUGUCAAUUGGUUUACCAGCUGCUAAUUCUUCAUUGGGUGUUCUAUUUGGUGCAAUAGAUGAAUGGAAUGGAGAAGUUUAUUAUGCAGUUCCAAGUUUAAUUAUGAAAAUUGACAAAAUAACUGGAAAUUAUGUGGUGGUUGUAGGAACAACCUCAACCAGUGCUUCAGGGUAUGGAGAUGGUGGUCCUCUUUCCAAUGCUGGAUUUGGAAGCAUUGCUGAUAUUGCCAUUUAUGAAAAUAAGAUUUACGUUGCUGAUUUGGGAACUAUUAGAUUGGUUGACCUUAGUUCACAAACAAUUUCCAUGUAUUUCAAUUCUACAACAUUUAAGGCAGAAAGAUUGGCAGUUGAUCCUACCGAUGGAUGUAUUGUAUUUUACUUUCCUUCUAAUUGUACCAUUAAUAAGAUUUUAAAUGAUGGAACCUUGAUAACUUUGGUUGGUAAUGGAACAUGUGCUAUUUGGGAUACUUCUUCUAAUAGUGUUAUUGCUAUUCAGUCUCCAUUGACUUCUCUUGCUGAUUUUUUCUAUUUAUCAAAUGGUGAUUUGAUUUUAUCACAUUCAAGAAGUUCUAUUCGAAUGUUAAAGAAAUCAUCUGGUUUCAUAACAAAUAUUGCAGGAACGUUUGGUGUAUCAGGAUACAAAGAUGGAAAGACAUCAUUGUUUUCGUUCCGACUUAAUUCACUAGCAGUUGAUAGAAAUGAUAACUCAAUAUAUAUUUCAGACAACGGCAAUUUAGCUAUUCGAAAACUAACUCCUUAUUGUGAUGAUGGAUGGAUACUUUCUGGUAAUUCUACUGAUUGCUCACCAGAUAUUUCAAUCAAAUUUGAUAAUACUAUCACUUUUGUUGAUUCCACUGUGCUAAUUGCAGUCAAGUAUCAUUCAAAUCUCAAAUCAUAUUUGACAAGUGCAACUUAUACUGUUCUGUUUUCGAACAAUGGUGUUUAUACCAAUAUUGGUAACCCUACUAUUGUAUCGACUGCCAAUCCAAUGAUUGUUUCAUAUUCAUUGAAUUCUGAAGGAAACUUUACUGCAGUACUAAGAAUUUCAUUUGGAGGAAUUUCUUAUUCAUUUAAAACUGCUGAAACAAUUCAAGUGAUGAAAUACGAAAAUGUAGUGACAGAGUCAUUCUUAGGUUCGAUUUCUACAAAGGAUAUUGCUAGUAUUGCUUCAAAUUCUGAUACUUAUUCGAAAGCAUCUAGUGCUGUUUCAGUUUUGACUAUGGUUACACAAGCAUUGUCAACAGUUCAGAGAAAUACCUCUGAUCUUGAUCAGACAUUGAAGGUUUCUACUGCUUUGAAUGUCAUUUCAUCUCAAUCAUCAGUUACAACUUCUAUUGUUUCCACUGUUUCGAAUUUGAUUUCGACAAUUUCAUCUGAAUUGAACCAGUUAGAAGUAUCUACUUUGAAAUCAUCUAAUGCUAUAGACACAACCAUUAGUCAAGUUUUGAAUGCCUAUUCCAAUGUCAUUGUAUCUUCAAAUUACUCUUCAAGUUCUGUAAUUGAAACCUUGAUUCUCGUUUCUUCCAAAUCCAGUGAUGAGAAAGAUAGUAUUUUUAAAACUGAAACACCUUCAUUUAUUGUUUCAGUUGUUAGAAACCUCAAUUCUUCAUCAUAUCUCAAUGACGGAAAUACAACCAUUUCUACACCUUCAGAUCUGGUAAGAGAAGGAGUUUCAGUUGGUUCAAUUACUUAUUUCAAUAUGGAAAAGUUGGCUUCUCUCUAUUCGAAUGCUACUGAACUAACAAGUAAUUUGACUGAUGCUAGUAUUAUUUCCAAAGUUUCCAAAGGUUCUUCAGUUAAUAUUGCAAAAGUUGUUGAAUUGAAAUAUAUUUUAAAUGGCCAAUUCUUACAAGUUUCAAAUUUGGCAAAUCCUAUUAUACUUUCCUUGAAUGUGGAUUCUAAAAUUUUGUCAAGCGUACAAAAUAAUUCCUCACUUGUUGUCUCUUGCAAGUUUUUUGAUGAAACUAGUAAGAAAUGGCUUACCGAUGGAUGCAUUUCUGAAAUUUCUAAAAAUAGUAGUGUUGUCAAUUGCUAUUGUAAUCACACAACUUCAUUUUCAUCAUUUAUUGACGUCAAAGUGACAUUAGCUAAUGAAGGUGGUGUUAUUGCAUCCAUUGUUAUUGGUUGUUUCCUAAUAUUUUUAACAUUAAUUGCAUUGGUGGGUGUUAUUGUCACAUGUAAGAAAACACCAACCAAGAGUAGAGGAAUAAUUCCAUACUUUGCGUUAAUUUCACUAUUAAUUGAACUUGUUUUCACUUACAUUAUUGCAAAUUCUCUAAGUUUAGCAAAAAAUCCAAACUCAAUGAUUGUGAGACAAGUUUCUACAAUGAUUGCUUCCACUUUCUAUUGUUUAUCUAUUCUAAACUAUUUGAUAUUAAGCUCACGAUACAUUGUAUUUAGAUAUCUAUAUGAAAUUAUGGCUAUUUUCGAUGAGAAGGAAGUUGACGUGCUCAAUGAGAAGAAAUUCAAGUGGAUUAAGCUUUUAUUUUCAAGCAAAACCUUCUCCAUUAUUGCUAACUUGAUUGUUGCAUGUGUUUUUAUUGCUUUUUAUGUAAUUUUCAUUUCCUUACAACAAACAGCAGUAAUCUCUUCAAGUCAAUAUGCAUCAAUCAUGGCUGGUUCAUUAUUUUCAUUUGUUUUGGUCAUGUCUUUAUUAGUUUGUGUAAUUCACUUUUUUGAUAUUUAUAUGGAAUUAAGAUAUGUUCAAUUGAGUACCAAACUGACCUUAAAAGAUAAGAAAUUAGUGAUUAAUCCAAUCAAAAAUUACUUGAUAGUGAAUGACAAUCUUGCUUUCAGAAAAGAAUUUAUUUUCUUCUUUACGAGCAUUAUAUUCUUUAUUAUUACUUAUGGGCUUGGAUUUUCACUUCUUGUAGCUUCAAACCAGGGCUUAUCUGCUGCUCAAAUUGCUUUCGAAUUAUUGUAUAAUAUCAUGUUAAUUAUGAGUUUUGGUGGAUUAGUUUCUCUAGUCUCAAUUUAUGAAUUAGUUAAAUCUAAAAUUAGUGGAAAGCAUACUAAAAUGAAAGAGGAGUCUAUACUUGAGGAAGAUAAUCAACUGAAUGAAAUUCUUAAAAAUCCAACAUUAUGUGAAAUUUUCAAACAAUUUGCCAAAACUGAGCAUUCGUUGGAAAAUGUAAUAUUCUGGACUAAACUUGCACCAGUAUUCGAAUCUAUCAAUAAUGGCAACACACCUGCAACCACAGAAUUGUGUAAACAUUUUGAAGAGUGGAAAGCUACAUUUAUUGAAAAUAAUUCUCCAAUGGAACUUAACAUUUCACACAAUACCAAGAAAUCCUUCCAUAAAAUAUUCGAAUCUGUAAGAAACAAUCAACAAAACGAUAAGGAAAUUAAGGAAGUUCUCUCAGAUUUGUAUUGUGCCAUAAUUAUGAAUAUUGACGAUACCUUCUCACGUUUUGUCCUAUCUGACAGUUAUGAAAGUAUGAACAAAAAAAUUGAAUUGAAAGAAAAUCUUGGCUCUACUUUGAAACUGAAAGAAUAAAUGUUAUUCAUGUACGAUUC